AUGAGAAUCCCACCAGCAGAAGUACGGGCCCAAUGGCCAGAACCAAACUACGACAAUCCCCAAAGGCGAGGACCCGGUCUCAUCAUCGUCGAACUCGUCAUGCUUCCGCUAUCUCUCAUGUUCGUCGCCCUCCGUCUCUACGUCCGCGCUCGACUGCUACGCAAAACGGGAUGGGAUGACUGGUUCAUGAUCAUCGCCACGAUCUUCGGCACAGCCGUCUCCGUCGGCGUCAUCCUCGCCUCCACCACCUUCGGCUGGGACAAACACAUCUACGACCUAACCCUCACCCAACUCUCGCAGGGGCGCCAGAUCUCCAUGGCCAUCCAAGCCGUCUUUAUCUUCUCCUCCUGUCUCGCCAAAGUCUCCAUCCUGAUCUCUUACCUCGCCCUCGCGCCCCUGGAUUCCUGGUUCCGCCGCCUGACGAAAUACGCAAUGGUCUUCAUCGUCGCCAUGAACGUCGGCUCUUUUAUUUUACUCUUCACACAAUGCACCCCCGUGGCCUCGUACUGGGACAUUUUGAAGUCCGAAACCGACUGCAUCCCCGAGGGAGCUCCGCUCAUGACGCACGCCAUCGUCACGGCGCUAGCGGAUUUCAUCGUCUGGGUUUUGCCCCUGCCAACCUUCUACAAAGCACACAUCCCCUUCCAUCAGCGCGUGAUCCUCGUCGUUUUGUUCUCUUUCGGUCUGUUUGUCGUUUUUGCGGCUUGCAUCAGGAUGUACUGGGUCCAUUACGUCGUCUGGAAGACGUGGGAUCCCACGUGGGAGGGCAUCCAGCUGUGGGCGUGGACGGCGGUGGAGAUCCAUUUGGGGAUCAUGUGCGGGUGUGUGCCUUACUUCAAAAGUCUGUUUAGGUUUUGGAAGGGGAAGACUUUGAUGGGGAGUAAGAAGGGGAGUUCACAAAGUUGGUCAGGGAGUAGAAGGGACCGUGCGGGUGGAAGUAAGAUUGGCCAGCAGCAAAACUCGAGGGUUGAGGUUGGGGUUAGGAAGUGUGUUAGUUUUAGGAGUGAGAGGAGUGAGGAGCCGUUGAGUCCGACGAUGGGGACUACGUGUACUGUGGAUGGCGUGGAGGAGAUGGAGUUGCAGGAGAAGAGGAUGAAUGCGUUUACUGUGACGAGGGAUGUGGAGGAUCAGAGGGGACAUAAGGGGGAGUGGGGGUUUGAGUUUGAUGGGGCGAGGGGUAUGCAUAGUAAGAGUUUGUCGGGGGGGAGUACCGCGCUACCCAAGCUCAUUCACCAUAAUCACCCUCCGAACGAACCAGCCUUUGCGAAUCGGACUGUCGCCAGCGCGUCGCAUCCCGCAACACCCCCCCAAUCUCUAGCUCCAGCCUCGUCUACUCAAGCGAUCCCACGAGCGCUCCGUGAGGACAUUACAUUCAAGAUGCCACCACGAGGCCGCAAACGCCAACGGGUCGAAUCCGAACCCGAACCCGAACCGCGACAGUCAUCCACCUCCCCCGACCGAUCUUCUCCAGAAGUCCUCGAGCAAGAAGAAUCGCGACCACCAUUCUACAAUACGACCUUCUCGACGCACCGUGUCUCGCCUCUUUACGUCGGAAAGCAAGCGCUCAACCGCGAACGAUUACAGACCCUUUCACAACGACUACGCGAGAUACUAGUUGGAGAUGUUGUCCGUGGCGUCGAGGUCGGACUGGGGAGGGCAGAUGGAGAGGACGGCGUGAUGGGAAGAGCUGGGUCGUUGGAGUUCGUCGACAUACGAUGGGUUAGCGUGGGAACCGUGUUGGAUAUCACCGGUUCUGAACCAAACGACAGCCAAGACGAGGACGAAGAUACCACGCGAACAGACCUAGAUUGGCCAGCCCUAGUCGAACAACUACAAGACAAGAAAGCCCUCCACAUCCUCCUUCGUUACGAAACCGCCGAAUGCACCGCCCUCAUGCUCCCUUCCUCCUCCGAAGACGACGAACCACAACCCAACCCCUCAGCAAGCCAAUUCGCCAUCUCCAACUCCCAACCAACCGACCCUCCCAACCCCGCCCACUUCCUCCACCUCCCUCUCCUUCUCCUCCGAAUGCCUGCCCCUCUCAAGACCGUCAUCGCCGACUUCCUCUCCACAACCUUCGACUGCCGCGUCAGCUCUCUCCGUCUCGGCACCCGAAGCCUCGUACAGUCAUGGGAAUCAUGGAUUCGGACAGCCGGGUUACCGGAGAGAGGACCGCUGGCGAAGGAUGUGGUGCUUAAUCUUGGGUUCUACAUCCCACCAGCGGAGAACAAAGGAAAUACCCCUGACGCCACUGCCGCCGCGGGAGAGGACAAAGAAGGGCCUGGGCAGGAACCGUUGGGGAUAAAGGGGAUUGAUGUCAUUAUUCCUGCUGCUGAUGUACGGGGGUUUGUAAGAGCUGGGAAGCAGAUGGCGGCCGAUGGGGAAAGGGAAAAGGGGAAGAGCAAGAGUAAGGAAAAACAGACGUGGGAGAUUAAUGUCAAGAAGCGGCGAAAGUUGGCUGGUCGGUUGGGAGAGGAGGGGUGGGAGUGGAGGACUCCUGUCUCUGGAGACAACGAGACGGAGGAGGGACAGCAACAGUCGCCGUUUACGGAAGCGCUGGGUCGGUAUGUUGACAAGCAUCUUGGGUUGAAUUUGUUUCAUCCUGGGGUGAGGGUGACCAAGAUCGCUUGUGGGGGGUUUGUGAUGUCGGAGGGGAGGCUGAAGGUGUUUGCGCCGAGGGAUGGAGCACAGAGACAGAGGGGAGCCGUGUGGAAGUUGGUUUCGGGAUUGGUUGGGAAGGCUCAGGGUGGGAAGGCGUUGGCGUGA